AUGAUUCUGACUUUUGAGGCUCCAGAGGUGGGAAACAACUUAAACAAAGCACCCCUCCCCUCGGGAAGCACCGCCCUCCCAGAAGAGCAGCAACUACCAAAGAGCGUCUCACCUGACCAGGACUGGAAUCGUACGUGGUACACAACCAACCCAGACUUGACCCAGUGUUUCCAGAACACAGUGCUGGUGUGGGUGCCAUGUAUUUAUCUGUGGCUGUUGGCGCCUUUCUACUGCCUUCACCUCUACUGCCAUGACUGCGGACGCAUUCGAAAGUCCCGCCUCUGCACCGCCAAGAUGGUGUUGGGCUUCCUGCUGGCCUCCUUUGGCUUUGUGGAGUUCUUCUACAUACUGCUGGAGAGGCGCCAGGAGAUCCAGCAGCACAUGGUCUUUUUACUCAGCCCCAUCAUACGCAGCAUGACUGUGAUCUUGGCCUUGUGCAUCAUCCAGUUGGAAAGAAUAAGAGGCUGUCGUUCUUCUGUAUUCCUCUUCCUCUUCUGGGUUUUGGCUGUGGUCUGUUCCCUGGUUCCUCUAAGAGCAAAGAUCCAGCUCGCCAUGGAUGAGGGCAUUGCCUCAGACAUUGUACGGUACUUCGCCUUCUUCUCCUACUUCACAAUACAAUUGGCCCAGCUCUUCCUGUGUUGUUUUGCUGACAAGCCCCCAGAGGGAAAAAAGGUCUUGGAAAAGAAUCCCUGUCCCUUGAAGGACGCCUCUUUUCUGUCAAAGAUUCUCUUCUGGUGGUUCACUGGACUUGUUGUGAAAGGAUAUCGCACCCCGCUGGAAGCAGAGGACUUGUGGACCCUGAGGGAGGAAGACACAUCACGCAAGAUAAUAUCUGAGCUGGAGGGGGACUGGACAGAUGAAUGUGCCAAAGUUCAAAAGCAGGAGAAGGCCUUAGCAUCGGGUGUGGCGCUGGGGAGCAGAUUACCAGACCAGGCCCAGCUCCUCAGGAAGCUGCAGAAGGAGCAGAGCUCCGGCUUUUUCCUGCUCAGGACGAUGGCACGCAAGUUCGGCCCCUACUUUCUGACCGGUACCCUGUAUAUUAUAUUCCACGAUGCCUUCAUGUUCGCCAUCCCCCAGGUGCUCAGUCUUCUCCUGGAUUUCAUGAGGGAUGAAGAUGCUCCGCUGUGGAAAGGCUACUUCUACGCCGCUCUGAUGUUCCUGCUGUCGUGCCUUCAGUCCCUCUUCAACCAUCAGUACAUGUACACAUGCUUCACAGUGGGAAUGAGGGUGAAGACAGCGGUGAUGGGCUUGGUUUACCGGAAGUCUUUGGUGAUAAACAGCUCUGCCAGAAGGACCUGCACUGUGGGCGAGAUUGUGAAUCUGGUUUCGGCGGACACCCAGAAGCUCAUGGACUUUGUGGUGUACUUCAACGCCGUCUGGCUGGCUCCUAUUGAAAUUUCUCUCUGUCUCUUCUUCCUCUGGCAGCAUCUCGGGCCAUCAGCUUUGGCAGGAAUCGCCACUGUCAUUCUCAUUUUCCCCCUCAACGGAUUCAUAGCAAAGAAAAGAAGCAAGCUUCAGGAAGUGCAAAUGAAGUUCAUGGACGGACGAAUCCGACUGAUGAAUGAGAUCCUGAGUGGAAUAAAGAUCUUGAAGUUUUAUGCCUGGGAGAAGGCCUUCCUGGAGAAGGUUUUGGGACACAGAGAAAAGGAGCUCAAAGCCCUGAAGAAGUCUCAGAUCCUUUAUUCCAUCUCCAUCGCAUCCUUCAACUCUUCUUCUUUCCUGAUUGCCUUCUCCAUGUUUGGAGUCUACGUGACGCUUGAUGACAGGAACGUCCUUGAUGCACAGAAAGUUUUUGUCUCAAUGGCGCUGAUCAACAUUCUGAAAACCCCACUCAGUCAGCUCCCAUUUGCUAUAAGCACAACUAUGCAGGCCAUGGUUUCACUGAGACGUCUGGGAAAAUACCUGUGCUCAGAGGAGCUGAGAGGAGACAAUGUCUCAAAGGCUCCAUUGAGUUCUGAUGGGGAAGACGUGGUGAUAGAUAACGGCAAUUUUAGCUGGUCUGCUGAGGGCCCUCCAUGUCUGAAAAGGAUCAGUAUCCAUGUGCCACGAGGUUCCCUCGUCGCUGUGGUCGGUCAUGUGGGCAGUGGAAAGUCCUCCUUGUUGUCCGCCAUGCUCGGCGAAACAGAGAAAAGAAGUGGCAGUGUCACUGUGAAGGGCUCGGUAGCGUAUGUACCCCAGCAGGCCUGGAUCCAGAAUGCCACAGUCCAAGACAACAUCUUAUUCGGCCGUGAGAAACUACAGACAUGGUACCACAGAGUGCUGGAAGCCUGUGCACUGCUGCCCGACCUCGAAAUCCUACCUGCUGGAGAUGCUACCGAAAUUGGAGAAAAGGGAUUGAACCUCUCAGGCGGGCAGAAGCAGAGGGUGAGCCUGGCCAGGGCUGUCUACAGAAAGGCGGAUGUUUACCUCAUGGAUGAUCCUCUGUCCGCUGUCGAUGCACAUGUUGGCCAACACAUCUUUGACAAAGUCAUUGGACCAAAAGGAGUCCUUAGAGACAAGACCCGCAUCCUAGUGACCCAUGGGAUGAGCUUCCUGCCACAGGCUGACCUCAUCCUCGUCUUAGGAGACGGAGAAAUCACAGAGAGCGGCUCCUAUCAGGAGCUCCUAAGCCGCCAUGGCGCGUUCGCUGACUUCAUUCACACCUUUGCCAAUGCAGAGCGAAAAGAGAGUGCCAUACAGAGAGCUGGUUCCAGGAUGUCCAAUGCUCGUCUCAGCAUGGUGGACUUUAUGCCAUUCUCCAGAGACCUGUCCCAGGAGCAGCUCAUUGGGGGUGACACCACAAAUACAAACCUGCAGAACAUGGAGCCCGUGUCUGAAACAGACCAGGAACCGGUAGCAGAGGACAUAGGCAAGCUCACUGAGACUGACAAGGCCUGCACUGGAAGGGUGCGGUUGGCGAUGUACAAGAAGUACUUCAAGACCAUCGGCUUGGCCAUGAUCAUUCCCAUCGUCUUCCUGUACGCUUUUCAGCAGGGCGCCUCAUUGGCCUACAACUACUGGCUGAGCGUGUGGGCUGACGACCCGAUCGUCAACGGCACCCAGACCGACACAGACAUGAAACUGAUCGUGUUCGGUGCGCUUGGCUUUGUGCAAGGUAUCGCCAUCUUUGGUACGACAGUCGCCAUCUCCAUCUGCGGCAUCAUCGCCUCUCGCCAUCUGCACGCGGACCUGCUGAUCAACGUGCUGCACUCCCCAAUGUCUUUUUUUGAGUGCACGCCCAGCGGCAACCUUCUCAACCGCUUUUCCAAAGAGAUCGAUGCCAUCGACUGCAUGGUCCCAGAUGGCUUGAAGAUGAUGCUGAGCUACGUCUUCAAACUCAUGGAGGUCUGCAUCAUUGUGCUGCUGGCGAUGCCCUUUGCAGCCGUGGUCAUCCUGCCUCUGGCUUUCCUUUACGCCUUCGUCCAGAGCUUCUACGUUGCCACAUCCUGUCAGCUGCGGAGGCUGGAAGCUGUGAGCCGCUCGCCCAUCUACACGCACUUCAACGAGACGGUGCAGGGCGCCAGCGUGAUCCGUGCCUUUGGCGAGCAGUCCAGGUUCAUCCUGCAGACUAAUACGAGGGUGGACUUCAAUCAGACCUCCUACUUCCCUAGAUUUGUGGCCACCCGGUGGCUGGCAGUCAAUCUGGAGUUUGUUGGUAAUGGUGUGGUCUUAGCUGCUGCCAUUCUCUCUGUGAUGGGAAAAGGCACCCUGAGCCCAGGCAUAGUUGGUUUGGCUGUGUCACACUCCCUCCAGGUGACUGGAAUCCUGAGUUGGAUUGUGAGAUCCUGGACUGACGUGGAAAACAACAUUGUUUCGGUGGAGAGAGUCAACGAAUAUGCUGAUACUGCUAAAGAGGCGAGUUGGAGUAUUGAAGGCAGCUCCUUGCCCCAGGACUGGCCCCAGAGAGGUACCAUUGAGUUCCAGGGCUAUGGGCUGCAGUACCGUAAAGGCCUUGAGUUGGCUCUGAAGGGCAUCACCUUAAAAGUUCACGAAAGAGAGAGGGUUGGAAUUGUUGGCCGGACAGGGGCAGGGAAGUCCUCACUAGCCCUGGGAAUCUUCAGGAUCUUAGAGGCCGCAAAGGGAAAGAUCUUAAUAGAUGGCGUCGACCUCGCCGACAUCGGACUCCAUGACCUCAGAUCACGCAUUACUAUCAUUCCUCAGGACCCCGUGCUGUUCUCAGGCUCCCUCCGAAUGAACCUUGACCCCUUUGAUACCUACACAGACGAGGAGGUGUGGAGGUCUCUGGAGCUCGCUCACCUUCAAAAUUUUGUCUCUAAUCUGCCAGACAAACUCAACCAUGAAUGCUCAGAAGGAGGGGAAAACCUAAGUCUGGGUCAGCGCCAGCUAGUGUGCUUGGCAAGGGCCUUGCUGAGAAAAACCAAGAUCCUGGUUUUGGACGAGGCGACUGCUGCUGUUGACCUGGAGACAGACACGCUCAUCCAGUCCACGAUUCGAACGCAGUUUGAAGACUGCACGGUCCUGACUGUUGCUCACCGCCUCAACACUAUCAUGGACUACACCAGAGUGAUCGUCAUGGACAGAGGACACAUUUCAGAGAUGGACACUCCAGCCCACCUCAUUGCACAGCGCGGACAGUUCUACCGAAUGUGCCGGGAAGCUGGUCUGCUGUAAUGUUUCAUUGGGCUUUGCACCAGGAAGCCGGUGUCCAGGUGUUCAGUUGUGGCAUCUUAUUUGUGUGGCUCUACAGCACAGAUACAGUUGUGCAAUUCCAAACUUUGCGGCAGCUCAAAGCUCCAUGAGGGCAUUGUUAAUGAAUCUGAAAAGCAGCUGCUGAUGAAGUCCCUAAAUGUUGGUUUUCAACACAGAGUCUGUUCUGAAGACAUUAUUUUUCUCAGAUAAGGAUCAUUUAGAAGAAAUCUACGGUAGACUGUUGAUAAAGCUUUAAAUAUUGUGUUUUAGUCCAGAGCUAAAAAAAAGACUUAGUCACAAAUCUAAAGGAUUUUUAGUUCUCUUGGGAGUUAGGUUGUUUUUACAGUUAUGUAAGUGGUUUAAGGCACGUGAUGUAUUUCUAUGUUGUCUCAGGCUAAAACAAUGAUGUUUACUUGUUUUUUAAUUACUUUUUUAGCCUUGUAUACCAAGAAAGAGACAAUUUUGUAAUUGUAAACUGAUACAAUUCUAUGUCAUCUUCUUGACAGGAAAUACUCUGCCACAUUAACCUUCAAAAAUCUGAGCUGGAAGCAGUCAAUGUGGACUUUUUUAUAUGUCAGGGAAAAGUGGAAAACAUUGAAGUGAGCCAAGACAUAAGCAAUUGUCCAACUAUUUUGUGGCUGUUGUUUAUUUCUGUCAAAGUAAACACAUAAAAAAAGUCAAUAGAGACCUUGCUGGUCAGAUUCAAAGUGACGCUGGUAGUGAAAACCACCACGAAUGAAGAGAAUGCCCUUUCAAAACAAUGGUGAUGAAUCUCUGCAUGAUUGCCACUCUGCCUCCACCACACAACUCAGGCCAUGUGUAGAGAAGGAAAAAAACCUGUAUUAUUCUUAUGGUGCUGACAUCACAGACUGUAAAUAGUCCACAUCGACCUUUGGUCUCAAUUUCAAUGAAAGAACCCAAUGAACUUUUUUAAAGAGAAGAGGCAUUCACUGUUUUUGUCUUACUGGUUUAGACAAUAUAUUGUAAGGAAUUGUAUUUAUAUUAAAUGACAAAAUGUAUUAAGCAUCCUUAAGAUUUGGGAUUGUAUUAUAUUUAUACUUUUCAUAACAAGCUUGUUAUUUUUUUUACUUUUAGCGUUAAUGUACAUGUAAUGUCUUGUUC